GAAAGGUCAGACUUCCGCGAAUGUCUACAGCUCUGACCAGGCACCCAUGCUCUGUCUUGAUUCCUCAAUCCCCAUUUCAGAUUUUCGCUUUCUCCUUCUCCUACGAAAUGAUCAAAACUCAUCGAUUCAAGAAAGUCGCCGACCCCAAAACCCCCAUUUCUUCAACCGAGCUCCGACGUGAACCUCAAACGAGGAAGAAGAGAAAAUCAGGGCAUCGCACCAAAUCGGUGACUAUUCGUGCCAAAUCGAAGCCCGUGACCGACCCACAAACCCAAAUCGCUCAAUCCUCACCCUCUUCCUCUUCCGAGGGAUUCACGAUCCUCCCCAAAGAGUUCUUCCUCGUUGACGCUUUGGACCUCGCCCCACGCUUGCUCGGAAAGCUCCUCAGGAGAGACGACGUUGUUCUUCGGAUUACUGAGGUAGAAGCUUACAGACCAAAUGAUUCUGCUUGUCAUGGUCGGUUUGGUGUCACAGCUAGAACGGCUCCAGUAUUUGGACCGGGCGGGCAUGCGUAUGUUUAUCUUUGCUACGGUCUCCAUAUGAUGCUGAAUGUUGUUGCCGAUGAGGUCGGAAUUGGUGCUGCUGUGUUAGUCAGAUCUUGUGCUCCUGUCAGUGGCUUGGAGACGAUUCAGAAACGGAGAGGUCAAAUCACAGACAAGCCUGUUCUUCUUACUGGUCCCGGGAAGGUUGGCCAAGCGCUCGGGUUAUCAACAGAAUGGUCUAACCACCCGUUUUACGCUCCCGGUGGUUUAGAACUCCUCGACGCUCCGGAGCCAGAGAACAUCCUGGUAGGUCCUCGUGUUGGAAUCGAGUAUGCGUUGCCAGAGCACGUGAAUGCUUUGUGGAGAUUUGCCAUUGCAGGAACUCCAUGGAUAAGUGCUCCUAAGAACACUCUCAGACCAUCCUGAUAGCAGUAGAUGGAGAAAUCUGUUGUGUUUAGAAUUAUUUUGUAUCCCUGAAAUUGGAUUUGGCAAUGUUAUCGACCUUUAAUAGUAGAUAUUGUCCACUCUAGCCCA